AUGGCCGCCGAAUACGUGAAGCUUGCGCAAGACCUACAUCCGCGCCUUCUCAACUUCUUCAGGAAGUACCCGCCUCCACAAAUCGUCGGCACAGCAACAACAUCGCGCUCAAUCCCCUCCUCCGAGGAGACGUCCACCAUCACAAUAGCAGAGAACACCUCCUCUUCAGAUCCGAAUGCCGGCGCAUCAACAACAACAGUCACGACGGCCCCUUCAGAAUCCGAAAUCGCACAAUCAGACACCGAAGCGAAAGCAUACCGAAACCCUUUCCUUCCUUUCAAGAAUCCGCGAACGGGAAACUGGCAUGGCCCUGCCUAUUCCAUGAGACGACAGGCAGAGAUGUUCAAGCUAGCAGAGAAAUAUAAAGUGCUACCGUUGAUGCCGUUAAGCCCGAAACAUCCAGAGGUCAGAGAGCAGAAGCGGAUAGAGAACGGAUUGAGAGUACAAGGCACGGGUGUUGGGAGGCAGGUGAAGGGUAAGGCGUGGGAGAGGACAAUGAGGGCACGGCUGGAGCAGAGACGAUUGGCAAUGGAGGGAAUGCCGGAGCUGAUACGGCAAUGGAAGGAGAGGGGACAUGGAAGAGGUUGGAAGAAGUGGCCGAAAUAG